CAGGCUUUGUAUUUGACAUGACAGAGGCAUUAUACUAAUGUGCAGUCCAAUCAGUAGGAUGCAACCUGAAACCUGAUUGCAAACAAAAGCGAAGCAACGCGCCCGCUCAAGCAAACGGGCACAUCGCGUCUUAUCUGCGUUAAUAGUAAUAAUGAAAUUCGUGUCCUGGCUUGUCGGAAGCAAGCCCAAAAGCCCUGAGCUGAAGGAAGCGGAAGCUGCGUUCUCGGAGACGGAGCGAAAGGACAUUGAGGCGCACUACAAUGUUGUGUACAAGCAAUUCCAAGCUGCCUACUUGGGCGGCCGUGGCGCUGCGCCCAAGGGUCUGGACGCGCGGCACCUGGGUCUGCUGGUGGGGCCGCUGUGGGGUUGCCUCGAGCCGCUGCUGGCCGCCGACGUGUUCACGCUGCUCGCCAGCCCGGACGACGGCCUAGUGCACCUGGAGCAGCUGCUCAUAACCAAGGCGAAGCUGGAGCGGCUGGGCGAGGACGCCUGCCUGGACACCACCUUCCGCAUGCUGGACGUGCACCGCGAGGGCGAGCUGCGGGCGGACGCCCUGGCGGCCGGCAUGGUGUCGGGCGUGCGCAUGUCCCUGGCGGCGGCAGCGGCUGUGAACGCGGCGGCAGCUGGGCCUGGGGCAGGAGCAGCAGCGGGCGCAGCCGGAGCAGGCGGCCUAGGGGUGGCGGCGGGUGCAAAAUCGGCGGUGGGAGCGGGGGCGGGGGCUGCAGAGGCGGGUGCAGGUCAAGGCGGAGCGGCAGCAGCGCAGGAGGUGGCGGAACAGGAGGCGGCAGUAGCGAUAGCGGCGGCAGUCAAGGCGCUUGACGGCUCGUCAUUAAUGCAGCAGGCUCUGGCGGUGUGCCGCGGCGCGCUUCUGCCGCAGGAGCCCGCGUCUUCAUCGUCGCCUUCUCCGCCAUCGGCAGCUGCUAGCACGCUUUCGAGCGGCGGCGGUUGGACGCCGGAGCUUAAAAGCGCUCGCAUGAGCCCGGACGAGUACCGCAGAUGGACCAAGCGCUGUCCUGCGCUGCACAAGGCGCUGGCGGGGCUGCUGCGGCAUGUGGGGUCUGCACCCACGGCGGCAGCAGCCACGUCAGGGACGGCGUCAGGAACAGGAACGCCCGGGCAAGGCUUGGCGGCAGGCGUCGGGCAGGGGCGCGGUGGAGGCGCGGGCGGAGGCGGCGGAGGCGGCGGCCCCACAGCGACCACGCCGAGCUCCAGCGGCGGCAGCACACACCGCCAGGCGUCAGCGGUUCUGGCGCAGCAGUACCGGCAUGAGCUGCCGCCGGUGUUGGCGCAGUUGGGCAAGUUGUCGGUCAGUGCCACGCUGCUACAGCCGAUGUGGAUGUGGCUGCUCAGCGCGCGGCUGCCGCCGGCCCAGCGCUGCGAGUGGCGGCUGCUGUUCAGCUCGGCGCGUGACGGCAAGUCCUUCAACACGUUCUUCGGCCGCGUGUCCGCCACGCCCGGACCCACACUGCUGCUCAUCAGGGACAAGGGCGGGGCGCUCUUUGGCGGCUACGCCUCGCAACCCUGGGCCAAGAGCGGCAACUUCUAUGGCGACGUGUCGUGUGCCAUCUUCUCAUUGCUGCCGGCGGUUCAGGUGUACCCAGCGACCGGCAUCAACGACAACAUCCAGUGGUGUGGUGUGGGUUUUAGCCAGCUGCCUGGCGGGUUGGGCUUCGGCGGCGCCGCGGGCGCCCGCGGCCACUUCGCGCUGUACGUGGAGCCCAGCCUGGACUCCGGCAUGAGCCGGCCCAUUGCCACGUUUGGCAACAGCUCCAGCCUGGCCUCUGAGCAGGUGUUCCAGAUCGACACGCUGGAGUGCUGGCUGCUGCAGCCGCCCGAGGACGAGGACGCCGCCAGCGGCAGCGACAACAACCAUGGCGGCGGACCGCGGCGUGGCGGCGGCGGCAGCAGCUCCAUCCUGGACAAGGCGGCUGAGGACCGCGCCAUCAUGAAAAUGGCGGGCAUGAACCUGCACAGUGAGGGCGUGCGGGACGAGCCGCUGGAGGAGGAUUAGGCCAGAUUAGGCCGGGCGUGUGCGCUCUAAAUGAGGCUGGUUGUCGUUGAGCAGCGGCAGCUCAGUAGGUUAGGAGCAUGGGGGAGCUGAAGGGUCGAUGAUGGAGACGCAUGUGGAGGAUGAACCAAGUUAACAACGGUGUGCACAUGGAUUGAAGACUGCAGGGGUCUGUUAUAGAGUGCGACCUCGGAACUGCGCCGGUGCGUGCCGGGGUUUGCAUUCCAUAUUCCCAACGCAAACCGACACGAGCGAGCACGACGUUAUCACACUUGAUGGUCUCGUCUUAUCUGUGGAAGUCACAUGAAUUUGCAGUGCACAAAGGCGUGCUGCGCAUGCAAAGGCGAAACCGAUUCGCCGAUCGGCAUCGGCCUUCUGUAUUCCCUCUCUGCCACCAAACUGCUAUAUCAAAGUAUAAU